UUACAUGUUUACUCAAUGACGUCUUAAAAUCAAUCGCAAAAAUAAAUUUAUCAAGAGGUCCGCAUUUCUAUAGGGUUGGGCUAAUAGAAACCGCGUCCUUAACGCACUCCACAUAUAAAUCGGGUGCAGUCGUACCCGCACUAAUACAACGGAUCCUAUAAUAAUGUCAUAGUUAAGCGCGCUUAGGAUGGGCGAAUGCUCCAAAGAUCCACAUGUAACGAGUUGGAGCCCCCAGAUAUACACGUGUACGCAAUGCCUAUGUGGAUUGAAGUGGGAGAACCACGUGGCAUUUGCUCCCGUUAAAAGCACACUGUAAUGUUAGCCAUGGCUGAAACAUGCAAUUCUCCCUCUCCCCAAAAACUUGAAAACAAAAAAGAAAAUGAAGCAUCUUUCCACCAUCGCCAACUCUGUGCUCGAACAAUGUUCAGUGAUCAUAGGAGUGCAUUUAGAAGAUCUCAAUGAAGAGUUUGAGAGAGGUUAUAAAGCAGGCGGAACAGAUGACUGUUACUCGAGAAAAUUUUUCGAAUUUUGCAGCUCAAGGGCGCUAUGUGCCAUUUGCAGACGCAUGGAAUUCAAUAUAUCUGAGAGCUCUUUUAGUCGGCUCACCUUCGAUAUGAUGCUGGCUUGGGAGAACCCAAGCUCUUUGACUGAAGAAUCUUAUAUGGAGAAUGUAGCAAAGGAAAGGGAAGAAAGGAUGAAGCCACCAAAUGGAGGAGUGCAAGAGGCCAUAGAAGAUAUCCCUCUCUUCUACUCUGAUUUGAUGCCCCUACUUGUUGAUGAUGAGCGAAAUAUCGGUGAAGACGCAUUUGUCUGGUUUAGCAGUGUGAUCCCUUUAGCAGCUGAUAUCUUGAACGCUCGAUUUGCAUUUGAAACCUUAACAGCUUCAACGACUGGCCGGCUUCAUUAUCCAGCUUAUGACCGGUUUUUCAAAGAAAUUGACAAGUGCAUCAAGUACUUGCAAAAACCAGAAACACCAACAUGUGCGGAGUUGGCUGAAGAUGAGUUCAUAUUACAUGUAGAGGGAACCGCAAUGACCCAAAGAGUGGUACGCCAUAUUGGCGGCACCAGUUGGCAGGAAGGGGUAGUGUUCGAGUUCCCGGAGAUGACGAGCUCCACGAGACGAGAUCACUGGCUCACACUGAUAAAAGAAGUCACCUUACUGCACCAAUUCUUAGCAAGGUUCAAGAUAGAGUCUCGCCUUCAAAGAUGGGAGGCCCAUGCAAGAAUGAUACUCGGGAUUGUAAGACUCCAUGCAGCAAGAGAAAUGCUUAGAAUUUUUCCACCCAUCCCUACUAAUUUCUUGAUCUUCACCUUAUUUGAUGAGUCACCAAAAGGUGAUCUUGUGCUUGAUGAAUUAGCAAAUGGGUUAAGGCAAACCAAUAGUAUACACCCAUGUUCCCCGACUUCCAUAUUGAGGAGCAUGAAUGUGUGUCCUCCAUAUGUGUGGAGUAUGGGAAUUGAAGAGAAGAUGGAGACAAGUGUAGGGCCUGAGGUUGCUGAGGAUCUUGCAUCAUUGGAGAGUACUAUUAGCCAAGUGAGGGAGGAAGCUAAAGAGAUUGAGAUUGCAAAGGCCAGUGUUGAAGGGCUCAAAGAGGAGGGGAUUACUGAUAGUAUUAUUGUUCUCCAGGAGCUGCUGAGUCCAUUGAGAGGUGUCUGGCAAUGGUUUCAAGCAGUAUUGAAGUGGGAAAGACCAACAAUUACUCUUUUUGUGCUAGCUACGAGUUUACUGAUCAUCUACAAGGAAUGGAUUUGGCCUGCACUAGCUGCUAUUUUGGUGUGGAUGGUGGGGUUGAUGUUGUGGGUUCGGCGGAAGCGAGUUAGAGAUAAAUGCAAGGAAAUAGUGAUAUGCACUUCAUCAGACCAAACCCCCAUGGAGAGCAUAGUCUCUGCUCAACAUGCUCUCCACCAGUUCUACAACAUCGUUCAGACUACCAAUAUUGCCAUCUUAAAGAGUCGCUCUAUUUUCGAAUCAAGGGCUCCCAAGCACACUAAUAUGGUGAUGUGGGCAAUGGUUGGGAUGGCUAUUGUGCUCAUAGUUGUGCCCUUGAAAUAUUUGUUGAUGGGGUUACUCCUAUAUGUAGUGUACAUGAACUCCAAGGCUGGUAGAUCCAUGUCUAUGAAGCAAAGCAAUAAAAGACUCAAGGCAUGGUGGGAUUCCAUCCCUGUUGUUUCCGUUCGCACCGUCAGCGGCCCCUGUAACUAAGCGCUUAUAUUCUCUCUCUGUGUCUCUUGCAUAUGUGACUAAUGUGCUGUAGUCUCUCUCUUUCUCCACCCAUGUAAUAUGUUUUGCUUGGUUUUAAAUCUUUGUUCCCCCAUGUAACUAAAGUUGUUUCGAAUUCUUGUAUGAAUUGAGAAUGGGUGAGUGUUGGUGGUAGUAUCAAUGGUUGAUGAAGUAUCUAAUUUCAUUCUCACA